AACACGACUUCACUCUUCACAUCUCCACCACCACAAAUCAUGAAGACAUCUCUGGUCCUCCUUGCCUUCAGUCUGCUGGCUUGUUCAGUUUGGGAAAUCCAUGGGCAAUGCCAAGAGGUUGACCUUGAUGACCAGGAAGUACUGGAAACAAAGCCGGAAAAGUGCAUGGAGCAACAGCUAAAGGGGACCUGCUGGGUGUGUAAGUGGGCACUGAACAAAGUGAAGAAAUCCAUCUCCACUUCCUCUAGCCCGGAGGAGCUAAAGCAGACGCUAUUGUCCGUUUGCGAUAAUAUUGGCUUCCUAAAAUCUGGGUGUAAAGGCCUGGUGAAAAGACACUUGUGGGUGCUGAUUGAGGAGCUUAGCACAAGCGAUGACGUGAGGACCAUCUGUGUUAACAUUAAGGCCUGCAAACCAAAGGAAGUUUUGGACCUGAGCUACUGACCAAGCAGCCAGUAUCCAGAUUCCAAAGUGAGAAGAUGGAUGUUCAGGUGUCAAGACAAUGCUAUGCUGCCAGGAUCUUGCUCUUUCUUUUUCAAACUACUCACAACACAAACAUAUAAAUGGAUGAUGAAGUUAUUGAAAUGAUUAUGUUCUGAAAUAAUGUCUUAUAAUUAAGCAAUAAGGCCAGAGUGCCUGCAGAGUGCCUGGACACAGCCCUUAGCUGUGGUGUAACGGCCCUUUUACACAAACCCCCAAGUUGCCUUGUUGAUAUUAUAAACAGGUUACCAUUGUAAUUAGAAAAGUAAAUAAGUUGUUUUGCGUCAUACACGUGGUAUACUGUCUCUUAUGAACUGGGUGGUUCGAGCCAUGAAUGCUGAUUGGCUGACAGCCGUGGAAUGCUGCUCUAAUUACGUUGGUAACCAGUUUAUAAUAGCAAUGAGGCACCUCUGGGGUUUGUGAUAUAUAGACAAUAUA